GCCAAGCAUAUGACGUAAAGUGACAUUUCCAUGGUCGACGUAGAGGUUGAGGCAUAGGCAUAUAGAGAGAUCCAUAUAUACCACUGAUGUCGUAUUAUGUAUGAGAGAGAAGGGCGAGAAGCAUGCAAUACGUUUGUUAGAAACAGAUAUAAGCACCAGGUUGCCUAGCAUCCGGAGUGAUGAGGCUACGGACGCAGCUGCGACUUGCCGCGUCGCCAACGGCGCACUCAUUCUAACAUAG